CCACACACAAAGGUCGUAGUUCAGGAAAAUGUGAAAUGACGCAGCUAACUUGCUAAGGAUGUAAAGCCGUGGCUGCAACGUCCGGGAGGAAGCAGUUAUGACAUGUACAUUUCAGAGAAAACGACUUAUUCGGACACAUAACCAGACUUUCUUCGUUCUCCGACGAUGCUGGGUUUGAGUGUGAACGUGGCGAAGUCGUCAGUGUCUUUACAAAAGUUGUGCAUCCUCUCCCUGCUACACGUGAGACAUCGCUUCUGUCACUGCCCUCUGCAGCCGUGGAGGAGAAGUCUGCACAGCCGCUGGCUCUCCACUGGACCACAAUCACCCGCUUCUUCCACAUUGACUCACUCCUCUGAGUGCACUGAACCAGAUCCCAGCCGCACCACCUCUACCUGGUCCCCUGAGCAGGGUCCACCGCCUGCUCCCACCCACUGCUGCAUGAGUGGCUGUCACAACUGUGUGUGGAUCGAACACGCAGAAGAGCUGCUGGCGUACUACCACGACGGAGGCGACCGGGCGCUCGCAGCUAUUGAGGAGAACGUCGUCGAUGAGAACCUGAAAUCCUACCUGAAGAUGGAGAUCAGACUCUUGAAAAAGACGUGACUGGUUUGGUUCUUGUGUUGACGUGGAAUAAGUGUUAUGAGCGUUCUUAUGUAAUAGCCUUUCGCUGACUGAGUGUAAGCACUUUAUGACACACUGCAGUCGCUGAUGUUAUCUCCACAUUGUCAGUUCUUCUUCCUCCUGUGCAUCAGUUCAUGUCUACAAAACAUUUUGGAAAACUGACAACUAACAGGUCAGCAAGUAAAAGUAAGGACAGGAGUCCAGCAACACUGCCUGAUCCAGAAAAUGUCAGCUGUUAGAGGAGAAUUCCAGUUUAUUGCAAUUUGUGUGAGAGCUUUGUCCAUCAUUUCUAUCAGUUAUGACACCCCACGGAUUCAAGACAGUUUGACAGUGUUUAAAACAAACAAAAAAGUGCGAUCAUUUGCAAACACACUGUGUUUUUGCCCAUGUAGUAAUAUGCUUUAUACAGUCAUGUGUUUCACGAAUCCCAGCCCAUCACUGCUUGUGAACAAGUGAACUCCACAGUUUGGUGCUCGUGAAACUCCACAAUGUGAUUAUCACUGAUAACAGAAACCAGACCUGCAGAAACUGGACUUGUUCUUUAAGUGUCAGCCUGAAACGUCUUGACUGAGUGUCGUCACAGUAGUGAUUGAAGUGGUGUGUGUGAGAUGUAAUGCCUUUGGGCCUCUUUAUGAGAGCCACGAUUUCUUUUGACUUUUAUUUUCUUCAUGUUUUUACUACCUGAUUCAAUUAGCUGUAUAAUACACUGAUUCACUGUCGUGUUUCUUUAGUCAUCAAGCACAUUUGCACAUUUAUGAGUUUGAAAUUUGAACUGAAGUGUUAAAAGUAUAGUCGUGUGAGUUUGCACGUCAUUUGCUUGGUUAUAUUUAAGUGCAUAUUUAAAUUAUGUAUUUGGAACAUAAGUUUAAAAGCUAUUUGUUAAAUAAAUGCUCUUUCUAAGAUGAACAAA